UAUGUUAACCCCAUUGGCUAUCUCCGAACCUCAUACGUCACGGCAGCUAUAAAACUCAGCAAAGCUUUUAAACUGUACUGUAGUUUAGGUUUAAAAACCAUCUCAGCUCAGUCUGUGUCAGCAAGCGCACAUCUUUUAUCUACGUUCCAGUCACCCGUUUGACCAGGAUGAUGUCUGCUAAUGAGGAGUCACCAAAGUGUUAAAUGUUUGAAAUCUAAGGUCUCCGAAAUUCACUUGUAAAGGGAGGAGAGGUAGAUCCGAUGCAUUUUUGCAAUAGACUGUGCCAACGAGAGCUCAUAUUCUGGAGUUAGGAGUGCAGUGCAAAGUCCUGUGAGGUCUCCGUUUUCCUGCUAAGAGUAAAACAUUUAAACAUCAUCAAGCUGGCUCACUCUCUCCCGACCCAGCCCGCUUUGACAGCUGCUUUUCACCCGCUCUGGAGGACAGUCAGCAGCAAGAGGAUGGCAUCAGAGCUGGCACUGAGCAGCUCCGACCUGCCCACCAGUCCCCUGGCCAUGGAAUAUGUUAAUGACUUCGAUCUGAUGAAGUUUGAGGUGAAGAAAGAGCCACUGGAGCCCGAUCGCAGCAUCAGCCAGUGCAGCCGCCUGAUCGCCGGGGGCUCCCUGUCUUCCACCCCGAUGAGCACGCCAUGUAGUUCGGUCCCCCCUUCCCCAAGCUUCUCGGCGCCUAGCCCUAGCUCCGGGAGCGAGCAGAAGGCGCACCUGGAUGAUUUCUACUGGAUGACCGGCUAUCAACAGCAGCUCACCCCGGAGGCGUUGGGCUUCAGUCCCGAGGACGCGGUUGAAGCGCUUAUCAGCAGCACACAUCAGCUUCAGAGCUUCGACGGCUAUGCUAGAGGACAGCAAUUCAGUAGCGCGGGCGGCGCGGGAGGCGCAAUGGCCGGGGAAGAGAUGGGAUCCGCCGCCGCGGUGGUGUCCGCAGUCAUUGCCGCCGCUGCAGCGCAGAACGGGGCACCUCACCACCAUCACCACCAUCAUCACCACAGCCACCACCAGCAGCACCAAACCCCAGGGGUCCAGUCCAGCAACAGCUCCUCUGCCAGCCACCACCAGCACUCCCACCUGGAUGACCGCUUCUCGGACGAGCAACUCGUUACCAUGUCCGUGCGGGAGCUCAACCGGCAGCUGCGCGGCGUCAGCAAAGAGGAGGUGAUCCGACUCAAACAGAAGAGGAGAACCCUCAAAAACAGAGGCUAUGCCCAAUCGUGCCGCUACAAGAGGGUCCAGCAAAGGCACGUACUGGAGGGCGAGAAGACACAGCUCAUGCAGCAGGUGGACCACCUCAAACAAGAGAUCUCCCGACUGGUGCGUGAAAGAGACGCGUACAAAGAGAAGUACGAGAAGCUCGUGAGCAGCGGCUUUCGAGAAAACUCGUCGAGCAGCGACAACCACCCCUCAUCCCCGGAGUUUUUCAUUCCAAGGACCCCUCCCCCAUUAUCAUCUCAUGCCUUCUGCUUGCUGUUUUGUGACUUACAUGAGAAUCUAUUGACUAUAUAAAAAGACUAUUGAAGUGCCUGCAUGCUGGACAUGUAUGGUCUUUUUGUUUGUUCCUUAUUCCCCGCUGUUUUUUUAUGUGCUUGAAAAUGAACUUCUACUUGGAAAAGAACUUCUGCUCAGCAUGGCAUUCAUACAUUUCUUUCAUUUCCCAAUCACUUUUUUGGAAUACAGACUAAAAAAGUGAAAGGAGCAUCAUGCCAUCAUCCUCUCCAUGAAAAAGUCGUUCCAUACAGUUAAUUCUCUGUUGAGAACCAACUGGAAGCUUUGUUGCGAGGGAGAGAACAAGGACCUGGUUUCUGAAAGGAAUUCUCCCUCUGGGACUUAAACAGUGUCGUUGCUAAAAGCGGUUUGUGUAUUUAAUGUCAAACAUUUGCAUUUUGAUAAUUCUGGAAUGAACUCCUUUUUUUAUCAUAUAAGAACAGUUAGUGGUAGUUCAUGCCACAGGUUGACAUGGAGAAGUUGACUUAGAGUUUAGAUGUUGCCUGUUUCUUUUUGUUAGAAGUUUGGAAGGCUCCAAGUUUGCAUACAGCUGGAUUUUUAUAAUGCGUAACUUGAGUUUUUUGCAGCAUGUUCUUGCAAUGAAAACAACAGUUUGACAGUUGUAGUUCCUAUUGUAGCCUGCCAUUUACUGUAUUUUAAAACCAAAGUAUUAAAGUUGAAUUUUAAGUCAACACAGAAAAUCAUGUAUUCAGGAAAAAAAAAAGAAAAGAAAAAAGAAAAUAGUCUGAUAUAAAAUCUGACCUAUUUGGAAUGAGUUGCACUAAAUGUAGCUUGUAGCAAAUUAUAUAUCACAUAUUGAAAUCUAUCUAGAACGCUAAUUUAAAAAGCACCCGCCAUGGCUUUGCUGAAAACUAAAGGAUAUGAUCUAAUUUAGAUAUACUGUAAAUAUAUAUUGCCAAGCAGGACUCGAUUUUCUUUCUUUCUUUCUUAUGUUGUUAAUACAUUUAUUAUUUACAUGGCAAUAAUGUAGUAAUCGAUAUUAAAAUGUCUGGACAUUGUUUUAUGGUCAGGGAUUGAUACCCUGCUUGUAUGAAAUCAGGAUAUACCGUUCAUCAAUAAAUUCUUAAAACUGUAUUUUUUUUUCAUAUAUAUUUUGCUGUGCAAAAUUAUUUUACCCACUAACCAUAUGUGAUGUUCAUAUAUGCUUAUUUUCAUUUUAUACAAUUAUAAUGAUAUGCAAUAAAAUGCAAUUUGGGCCACUUAAA